ACACACACACACACACACAAUUCAUUUGCGGUGGACUGACGCACACUCCUAAAAUUGUAGCCCACGCAAACAAGAGCGCACAGUCCGCUGCAGCGGUGCGCGUAAACACGCCGCGCAGGUGUGUCGUUGGCAACGCGCUGUGGUGAACCCGCUACUUCGAUGAGCAACACACGAGAGAAGCGCCCGGUACACAGAGCGCCCGUCGGGCUAUGCCUCAUCCAUCUUGGGAGCGAAGUGAAGGGGAAACCGGACAGACGGAGGACGGAGCAGUGGGGAGCGACCGCAGGGAGCGAGGGACAGGCGGCCGCCUCGUGUGCGCUCUGGACAUGGAGAUGACGACCCGCAGCCUGCCCGGCGACUCCAAAGUGAACUUGGUAAAUGGCGAUGGCCUGAUCAGUCGGAACGUCGGCGACUCGGCGGAAGUGUCCGUGCCGCUGUCACUUGCCGUGAAGCGGACAACCGUGGAGGGAGACGACCUCUACAGACUGCGGGACAGGAACGUCUUACUGGAGGAUAAAAAGCGCCUUUGCGCGCUGGCCCUGGGCACCGCGCUGCUCGGGAUACUGCUCAUGAUCAUCCACGCCGAGAUAUGUCCCUUCGUUUAUAAACCGGGCUCAAACAUCGCCUUAAUCAUCAACUGUUCCAUCAGCCUGUCCACCGGGUGUCUCAUCAUCCUCAUCAUAGCGUUUCAUUAUAAGGACAUCAGGCUGUUCAUCAAUGACCACAACCAGGUGGACUGGCGUAUUGCCUUGACUAGCCACAGGGUUCUUGUGAUCACUCUAGAGCUGCUGGUGUGCUCCAUCCACCCUAUUGGCACGUACUGGAAGGUGGGCCUCCACGUCAACUCCUCUUCCUCAGCUCCGCUCUGCGUUUCCAACCAUCACAACGGGGCCCUGCUGGACAUGGAGCUGCUGUUGUCGGUGCUGAUGUUCCUGCGCUUGUACCUGGUGCACAGAGCCAUCCUUCUGCACAGCAAAAUGCUGCUGAGUGCCUCUUACAGGAGCAUCGGCUCGCUCAACAACAUCAACUUCACCUUCCGCUUUGUUCUCAAGGUACUGAUGAACAAACACCCGGCACGCACGCUGCUGGUCUUCAUCCUCUUCUUCUGGCUCACGGCGUCCUGGAUGCUUACUCUAUGUGAGAGGCAGACCCAGGCAUCGACAGGCCACAUGGACACAUCUCUGUGGCUCAUCGCCAUCACCUUCCUCACAGUGGGCUAUGGCGAUGUGGCACCCACCACCAGCUGUGGCAAGGCGGUGUGUCUCUUCACCGGAGUCAUGGGUGUAGCCUGCACUGCGAUGCUGGUGGCAGUCGUUACAAAGAAGCUGGUGCUAAACAAAGGAGAGAAACAUGUGCACUUCUUCAUGUUGGACAUCCAGAUCUCGAAAAGGAUCCGCCACGCUGCGGCUAAUGUGUUAAGGGAAUGCUGGCUGUUGCAUCGCACCAACCUGACAAAGGGCAACCGCGGGGAGCACAGAAGACACCAGAGAUGCCUUCUGGAAGCCAUCAGAGUGUUUCGGCAUUUACGCUUCAAACAAAGACAAUUGAGAGACUAUGUAAGUGAGAUGGUCGACCUCCCCAAGAUGAUCAUGUGUGACCUGAGUGCCAACUGGAACAAUUCCUACCGGGAGCUGGAGCAGCGGAUCCUCUCCAUGGAGCAGAAGCUGGAUGAACUGAGUCGCUGCUUCCAGCAGACCUCCGAGCUGCUGUCUCAGGUCCUACGUCACCACAACCCUGAGAUCAGGUAGCAUGGCUCCAUGUGUUUGUUAAGAACGGCGACAGUUAACUGCCUCCAGUGUUUUCAUUUACAAUAUCCAUGAAAAUGAGGAGGCAAAUCCUCUCCACCCACAGCUGCUCCAGACUCUUAACAUGCUGAACCACUUGGAGGACUGGCAUACCUACUAAAGAUCUCAUCUUCUGGCCCUGUGCUGAUCACAGCUGAAAAAUUGUACAGAUGAAAUAAGCCUCCUAUUCACCGUGGGAGAAGAAUCGCUGUGCAUUUUGAGAAAUCGACUGCGAUUUCUGAAGUUUGCCUUUGAGACAGUGAAAGAACUGAUUUAAUAAGGACUGUGGUAAUCCAGGCCUCCAGGAUUGCUUUCUUAACUGCUAUGUGUAAGGUUUCAUUGAUGGACUCCAUCCCUGCCUUAUUCCUGUGGAAUGAGAUAUAUUUUUACGUUCUAAUUUUAUUUUGCAAUAUGUUAGCCUCAUGGGUUUUAUGCAAGCCUCUUGCAAAGCAGACAGUUUUAAGGUUAGCAGGCUGAUUGUUUGUUUGCAAAAACAGGCUUAUUGAAUAUAAUACAAUCUCUAACAAUUCCUCAUUGUUCUACUUUCCUUCAACCCACCACGAUAAUUGUGAAGGACAUGAUUUGUUCUAAUGCUCCACCAACAGAAGGAACUACACCUCAGGUCAAGUGCAACAUUUAUUCGAAAUUGGAAAGUCUGUGGGAUGUCGACUGAAACUCAUAAUGUCCACAUUAAGGGCUGUGAUCACAUCCAUCAUCAGUUUACACCUGCUUUCAGAAGAAUCUAACUUGUGUGUAAAUCACCUUGUAAGCUAAACCUUUAGCAAUGCAACAGCUCCACCAAGUGGACAUAAAUUAAGCAAACCGUGAUAUUGAGGACAGUUUUUUAUUAAACUCAUAAAUAUUAUACGUAUAAUAAUCAUAAAAAAGUGUUGAUACUAUUUUUUAACCUCAAUACCAAUGUCUCAGAGGAACAUGUGUGUGAAAAAUAGAGCAAUUGAGGACUAAGAAAAAGAAAAAACCCAUACAAACCUCACUGUUAAAAUGCACUUUGUGAGAAAAAUUAGCAAAACUGGACUAACUCUUCCUCUGGAAGAUAAACUGGAGUUGUAAUGCAAACUUAAUCAAAAUACUGAAAAAAGGUUCCUUGUGGGUUAAUUUGUACUCCAGUGAGUUGUCAUCGGAACUUAUGAGGGACUUAUUCUAACCGUUUACUAUGUAUCAUUUGCACAUGGUGAAAACAACCAUCCAGAACAUGCUUAUGAUUAAGAGUCAUUCAGAACUAAUGUGUCUGUGAUUUUGCUUUGAUUUUGUCACUUGGUAAAACACAAAAUAAACAAAAUGUUGACAAACA